AUGAAAUCGAAUGAUUACAGACCCUACCCUCUGGAUCAAGCAAGAUAUAUCGCUUAUCAGUUAAUACACGCAGUUAAAUUUUUGCAUGAAAAUCGUUUAACACAUACUGAUUUGAAGCCAGAAAAUAUACUUUUUGUAUGUAGUGAUUAUGUUACUGUGCCACAGGGUAAUUCUGAUGAAGGAAGGAGACGAAAACCUAUGCGAGUUGUUAAGGAUGCAACAGUCCGUUUAAUUGAUUUGGGUUCUGCCACCUUCGAUCACGAGCAUCAUUCAACUAUUGUCUCUACUAGACAUUAUCGGGCUCCAGAAGUUAUUUUGGAACUUGGAUGGUCACAACCUUGUGAUGUUUGGUCUAUUGGAUGUAUAAUGUUUGAAUUAUACACGGGACAGACUUUAUUUCAAACACACGAUAAUCGAGAACAUUUGGCAAUGAUGGAAAGAAUUUUAGAAAAUAUACCUUACAGAAUGGGAAGAAAAACAAAAACCAAAUAUUUCUACCACGGCCGAUUAGAUUGGAAUGAAAGAACAUCAGCGGGGCAAUAUGUACGAGAUAAUUGCAAACCUCUAAUGCGUUAUAUGCAAUCAAAUAACGAGGAACACCAACAACUUUUUAAUCUUAUUGACCGAAUGUUAGAUUACGAACCAAGUUCUCGAAUAGUUUUGGCUGAGGCACUCAGACAUUCUUAUUUUGAUCGUUUGGAUUCAAACCUUAGAGCACGUGUUGAUGGGGUAAAAAUUAACAACGGAGAAGGACAAAAUGGGGUUGGAGGGAGGAUUGGUUAA